AUUUAAAAAAAAUAAAGGGUGCUGUUUUCAGUAAACACUAAACAGAAGAUAUUUUAGUUUUUAAAUUAAAAAGGAAAAUGGAUGUUAUUCACGAUUGGUUAACUGAAACUCCUACCCACACCUGUUUAAGGGUAAACAUAUUAAAAAGUUUUGAUAUAAUGAACCUGGAAAAAACUUUAGUAACUUUAGGUGAAAAACUAAACACAGCACAUUUACCUAAUUUUUAUUUUUUAAAACCUGACUGUUUGAUAUUAGAGAGAUGGCCUGAAGGGAUUACUACUGAAAAAGCAAAAUGUGAAGUUAUUGUGGAUGGAGCCUGUGCAGCGGCUGUUCUCAGAGGGUCACAUGUUUUUGCCCCAGGUGUACUUGGAUUACCUCCUAAUUGCAAAUUGGAUGAUGUAGUUGAUAUUUAUGGUGAUAUUGGUGGAAAAUGUAAGAGAGGUCUUAAAAUUGGCUUUGAUGAUGUGAAGAGGUUUGCAGGAGUUGGAUGUCUUAAGAAAUUAAGAAGGGACCUUUUUGAUGAAGGUAUUCAACCUAGUGGAAUAGCAGUUCAGACCUUACUGCCAGCAUCUCGGCUUCCUGUAGUGAAUGACACAUUGUUUCCAACUGGUCAAGUCUUGUUACAAAACUUGCCUUCCCUUGUCUGUGGGUGGGUCGUCAAUGCACAACCAAAUGAGUACAUUCUGGAUAUGUGUGCAGCUCCCGGUAACAAGACUACCCAUUUAGCUGAAAUGGCACUGAAUAAGGCAUAUAUCACAGCAUUGGACAAGUCUGAGAGGAGAGUAAACUUAAUAAGAGAAACGUGUGCCAAACAAGGGGUGACGUGUGUUACAGCAUUUGUCUGUGACUCUAGACAAUGUUAUUCCAAUAACAGCAAUGGAGGUAUCACCAGUCCGCCGUUCCCGCUGGAUUCAUUUGAUAAAGUACUGCUUGAUGCGCCAUGUAGUGGUUUAGGUCAAAGGCCACAAUUAGUCAACAAAAUGUCACCGAAAAUGCUUCAAUCCUUCACAUAUGUGCAGAGAAAAUUGUUCGAAGCAGCCGAGAAAGUGCUAAAAGUUGGUGGCAAGUUAGUGUAUAGUACAUGUACAACGACAUUGGAGGAGAACGAAGAUAUGGUGAAAUGGGCGCUGCAGAACUUGCCGUCACUCAGACUGAUACCUGCGGAACCGUUGCACGGAGGACCAGGAUUGGAUAGCAGUAGCCUUACAACAGAAGAAAGAUUAAUGGUGCAGCGAUUUGGUCCUGAGAAUGAUCCAUUACGACCUACUGAAGACAUCUACAGAAAUUCCAUAGGGUUCUUCAUAGCAGCGUUUACAAAAGUGCAGCAAAAUACUUUAAUAUAAUAAACAUAUUUUUUAUACA